UGCUGCUCAGUCUGUUAGUGUGUGCACCGCAAUGGCAGCAGCCAUGGAUUCCAUCAGUUGUUCAAUAUGUCUGGAUCUAUUGAAGGAUCCGGUGACUAUUCCCUGUGGACACAGCUACUGUAUGGGUUGUAUUAAGGACUGCUGGGAUCAGGAUGAUCUGAAGGGUGUCCUGAUCAGCUGCCCUCAGUGCAGACAGACCUUCAUCCCAAGGCCUGUUCUGAAGAAAAGCACCAUGCUAGCAGAAUUGGUGGAGAAUCUGAAGAAGACAGGACUCCAAGCUGCUACCCCUGGUCACCAUUAUGCUGGACCUGGAGAUGUGGUGUGUGAUGUCUGCACUGGGAGAAAACUAAAAGCUGUCAAGUCCUGUCUGGUGUGUCUAGCCUCUUACUGUGAGCCUCACCUCCAGCCUCACUAUGAAUCUCCUACCUUUAAGAAACACAAGCUGGUCAAAGCCUCCACACAACUAGAGGAGAAGAUCUGCUCUCGUCAUGACAAACUGGUGGAGAUUUACUGCCGUACCGAUCAGAAGUUUAUCUGUUAUCUGUGUACAAUGGAUGAACAUAAAGGCCAUGAUACAGUCUCAGCUGAAUCAGAAAGGACUGAGAGACAGAGGCAGCUGGGAGAGAAAAAGAAGGAAUCCAAACAGAGAAUCCAGAAGAGACAGAAAGAGAUGCAGGAGGUGAGACAGGCUGUGAAAUCACUCAAGUGCUCUGCACAUGCAGCAGUGGAGGACAGUGAGAGGAUCUUUACUGAGCUGAUCCGCUCCAUUGAGAGAAAGUGCUCUGAGGUGAAAGAGCUGAUCAGAGCCCAGGAGAAGGCUGAAGUGAGUCGAGCUAAAGGACUACUGAAGCAACUGGACCAGGAGAUGGCUGAGCUGAGGAGGAGAGAGGCUGAGUUGGAGCAGCUCUCACACACAGAAGACAACAUCCAAUUCCUCCAGAGUUUCCAGUCUCUCUGUGUCCCUCCUCGAUCUGAAGACUUACCCUGCAUCACUGUCAACCAACACGUCACCUUUCAGGAUGUAAGGGAAUCAGUCUUUGAGCUGAAAAGCCAAGUAGGAAAAAUCUGCUCUGGGGAAAUUGCCAAGAUCUCUGUAAAAGUGACAAAAGUCCACAUUGUUCCACCUUCUGAGCCCCGUUGUGUUCUGUCAUUUGGCACAACUCAGUCUGGACUGUCAGUUGGAGGACUAGCAUCACAUGGGAAUGACACCACCUGUCAGAAGACAAGGCCUGAACCUAAGACCAGAGAAGAGUUAUUAGAAUAUUCCUGCCAGCUCACAUUGGAUCCCAACACAGCAUUUAAAAUGCUGUGUCUGUCUGAGGGGAACAGAAAGGUGACACGGCGUUAUAAGGACCAGCUUUAUCCUGCCCAUUCAGACAGGUUUACCACCUACCCCCAGGUGUUGUGUGGAGAGGGUCUCUCUGGAGCCUGCUACUGGGAGGUAGAGUGGAGCGGAGACUGGGUUGAUAUAGCUGUCUCAUAUAAAGGGAUCAGCAGGAGAGGACCUGAUGAGGGUUUGUUUAGAAGCAGUAAACAGGCCUGGUGUUUGGAGUGUGAUGCUUCUGGUUGCUCUUUCUAUCACAAUGAUAAACAGACUGUCAUACCUGUCUGCUGUUCCACCAGAGUAGGUGUGUACCUGGACCACAGUGCAGGAGCUCUGUCUUUCUACAGCAUCUCUGACACAAUGACCCUCCUCUGCAGAGUCCAAACCACUUUCACUCAGCCCCUCUAUCCUGGGUUCACAGUCUCUAGAACUGUGAAUAUACUGAAACAACCAAGAUUAUUAUAGUAAACGAAAACUGAAACGAAAAUGAAAACAAAUCUUGAAAAAACAAUUUAGUCAACUGAAAUAAAAUAACUAACAACCCUGUUUGAAAAACUAAAACUAUACUGAAACUAUUAUCUUUGACUCCAAAAUGAACUAAAAUAAAAUAAAACCAUUAUGAACUAUGUUCAGUUUUAGUUUAUUUUUCAAAACUUUGGGCAAAUAUCUAAUGGGAUUUUCAACUGGGUUUUGAAGCUUUUAGGGAGUUUUCUUGCUACUGAAUCUGGUGGGUAAAUGCUACCAGGAGAAGCCGAUGUUUCAAAUAGGGCUAGCUUGUGGAUCACUAUCACAAGGGACGGACUUAGUGAUUUGGAGGCCACAGGCAGAUGCCAGUCUGAACCCGCCCUCCCCCUUGAACGAAGCAGAAUGAAAAGGCUAACUGAAAACCCUUGAAAUGCCCUUCAUUAGUAAAGGUCUUUGCAUCACCACCUAGAGCGGUGGGCAAUCAUUUUGUCUCGAGGUGCACAUCUGGAUAAAAAAAUUCAACGGAGGGCCGCACAGACUUUUUUUGGGACCAAUUUGUUUGUCAAAAGCAAUUUGCGGCCCAGAAAAAGGGUAGUUAUUUGAAAAUGGGAACAUUAUAGUUUCUACAUACUUUCUAUCUGGUUUUAGUUACAGUGCCUUCAUCUUCUAACUAACCCGUUUGACAGGAUCAGCUGAGCAAGGCACUGUACAGAAUCACUGAUCUACAAAUCAUAUUCCUACCCAUAUAACUACUCAUUAUUUUCUCGCAGCACCUUGCUCAGACCUAUCCCCUGGAACACACUGUAAGUCUAUGACCAUGGAGGAUUGCCACUGUUGCCAAGUGAAAUGGGAACCCAGGACUCCAGUUCACAUAAUCCAGGUCUCCACCUGAUCUCCCAUUAUACUGCCUACAGACUUUGUUCUCCUGAAUCGUCACUUUAAUCUUCCUCAAUAAAUCUGGUUAUAACUAUGUA